CGUUAUCGAUACGUUUGGGCUCUCUCAUCGACUCUCUAUUUCUGUCGCCCGUCUCACCUCCAAGCCAAUUACCUUGUUUACAAAUAUAUAUGGAAAUGGGUUAGCUGCCAUAGAUGCUGCUAAAUCAAUCCAUGGAGGAGUUAUUUUCUGCAUCUGCUACCAAGUUGAGGAACGAGUCAGUCUUCUCCCAGAAGCGCCCCGGUGAAACCUGCUCUCAUGGUGAUGAAGUCGAUUGGAGUUCCAUUUUUCAGCAGCAACAAAUGGAAUUAUUGCCUUUUCCGAACACCUUCUGGCCUCCAAGCAAUAAUCAACCUGAAAAUAUCCUAACCCAAGCAUCUCAAGCUCCAAACAAUUCCAACGCUUCUCUUUUGAAAAGAAGCAAUUCAAAAUUAUCUGAACCAGAUAGAGAUCGGAAAAGGAAAACUGAUAAGAAAUAUCGGGAAAAAGAAUUGAAAAUAAAGUCCUUAAGUUUUCAUUGUAGGCCGAUCCACUGCGUCUUGAAAAUGAGAAGCUAAAAGAUGAAAACGCUUCACUGAGGAAGAAUGCCAAUCUUAAUAACUUAUCACUGCUUGAGGCUGAGAAUGCAAGACUGAGAAUUGAAAAUAAAGUCCUCAAGGUGCAGAAUGAUGCUUUAUGUGGGAAGAUAAUAAGUGACAAUGAUAAGAAGUGUGAACAAGAACAGGAAGCUAGAAUAUCAUCAGAAGAUAUGCCUCUGCUGUAGUAAGUACGUGUUCUUUCUCAAUGGACAAUGUGUGCUAUGUUUUAUUUGCAAGCGCAGCUUGUAGUGCUUGGUCCAUUCUUUCUGCUUUGAUCUGAGCGCACUACAUGGCUACUUUUUGACAUAUCCUCAAAUAGUAGUUUAGCUUCUUCUUGUUCACCUUUUGAUCUCUUUUCUUUUCGGGACUUCUUAGUUAAAUCUUCGACCACUAUUUUUCUUUGAUCUCUUUCUCCUCUCAUUUUCACUCUUUGAUCUUCAACCCUCUCUUCCUUUUCGCUCUCACAUUUCUCACUUGCCUAUGAUGGGAAGGGGGAAAGAGAAAAAGAAUUUGGUUUUCUACUAUUCUGUUCAUUGGGUGUGUAGCUGGUGGGUAAGAUGCUGAUCUCGGCAUUGUAGCGGUGGCUCCAUUAUGUUAUCAGUGGAGGUGGUCGUCAAUGAAUUAUUCACUUUGCUGCUGCUGCUGCUGCCUUUUUGCUACUGAAAUGUGCUUGAUCUUAAUUACUCCUUCGAUUCUCAUCUUUGUAUUUAUCUGAUUGGUGCAGGUAUUAUUAUCUUAUACACUACAGGUGAAAUUUACAAACUUUGGUGAA